AUUGCGCCGGGGCGGAUGCGACGCGCGGCGCUGAAGCCAUGGCGGCGGUGGACAUACGAGAUAACCUCCUGGGAAUUUCCUGGGUCGAUAGUGCUUGGAUUCCAAUAUUAAACAGUGGAAGUGUGUUGGAUUAUUUUUCAGAGCGUAGCAACCCAUUCUAUGAUCGAACGUGCAACAAUGAAAUGGUCAAAAUGCAAAGGCUAUCGCUGGAUCACCUAAAUCAAAUGGUUGGAGUGGAAUAUAUCCUUUUACAUGCACAAGAGCCAAUUCUCUUCAUUAUUCGUAAGCAGCAAAGACAGAGUCCGACGCAUGUUACCCCACUGGCUGAUUAUUACAUUAUUGCUGGAGUGAUUUAUCAAGCCCCUGACUUGGGGUCAGUUGUAAACUCUAGAGUGCUCAGUGCAGUACAUGGAAUCCAGUCAGCUUUUGAAGAAGCCAUGUCCUACUGCCGCUAUCACCCUUCGAAAGGCUAUUGGUGGCAUUUCAAAGAUCAAGAGGAACGAGAUAAAGCCAAACCCAAAGCCAAAAAAAAGGAAGAACCAAGUUCCAUUUUCCAGAGACAACGUGUAGAUGCAUUACUCCUAGAUCUGAGGCAAAAAUUUCCUCCAAAGUUUGUGCAGCAAAAGUCUGGAGAAAAACCCAUUCCAGUGGAUCAGAUCAAGAAGGAGCCAGAGCCAACCCCUGAAGCUACAAAACAAGAGGAGAAGGACACGGCUAAGAUCACCCAACAGAGCACUAGCACCAAAGGACCACCAGAGAAACGGAUGAGACUGCAAUGAGAGAAGGGAAGAUUAUACUCUUAAACUGCAAUACAGCAAGGAAAGGAAUGACAACUGAGUGGUGGACUUUUGACAUUUCAAGGCUCUUUCCUUUUGCACUGUUUACAAACCUGCUAGCUGCAAACCUUUAGUUAAAUACAGGAAAAAAUAGUUUAGCCUUUCCCCUAUUUUAAUAUUGAAGGCUGUAUUUCUUUUAAGAAGCUUAGACCUUGGAAAAGGAUGCCUCAGGAAAGAAGACCAUCAAGAAAAAACAAAUGCAAAACUAGCCAAUUCCUUGAUUAUUAUCUUCCUUUUACCCCUCAUUCUUACGUGUUCUACAGAAUAACAAAUGUGUGGCAGGAUUAUGUGAAGAAAUGAGCAGGUUAUGCUUUGGGCUUUGAAGAAUGGUGUUGGCAGUAGAUGAAAAUAUUUUCAAAACUGUUUUACAGAAUCCAUAUAAUUGGAAGUGAAAUGUAGGCUGAAAUUUCAAAAUCUUCUUGAUAACUAUCUCAGUAAAUAACAUAAUUGGAACAGUCACCCUCUUUAUAAGCUUUUGAGUCCAUACUGCUUUAUAUAUAGAAAAAGCUUUACCUUUGUUAAUUUUUCGUAACAGUACAGUGUAAUGUUGAAAUAAACUCAGGUACUCUGGUUUUUGAACUUAUAUUUUAAAUUUAUUCCUGACUAUCCCAUAUUACCCUCUAAUUAAAGUUGGUGAGA